AUGUUGAUGUUAUUAUUGGUCUACACCAGGGGUCAGAACACAGCCCCAUUCCUAUUUGCCAUUUUCAUAGACUCUGUAACGAAGAGUGCACAGAAGGAAGCUCAAUGGGACAUACUCUUUGCUAAUGAUGUGCAGAGUGGCGAAACGAAGGAAGAGGUGGAUGUGGGGUUGGAAGAGUGGAGAGCGGUUGUGCAAGAUCGGGGUAGGCGAGUGAGCAGAAAGAAGGCAGAGUACCUGUUUAUGGAGGACCCAGGGAUGGCGUGCGAGUUGAAAGGCGAUAAGCUAGACAAAGUGACAGAAUUUAAAUAUCUUAGCUCAACAGAAAUGAUGGAUGGAGGGACAGAGAAAGGGUUUAAAAAUCUAGGGGUCCACAUAUCUAGAUUGAUCUCUGAGACACCCAUGGACAACAUUAACAGAAAUGCAUUAGGUACACUGACGUGA